UUUUGUUUUGAUCCGCUCGUUUCGAUUUUCUCCGUUUUCUCCAUGCAGUUGCUCGUGAAACGUUCAAAUUUGUAAAUUAGUUUGUUGAAAUCCAUAAAAAUUAUGGAUAAAAUAUUCCCAGAACAUGAUUGGGACGACAGCCCUGAAUCAAGCAGCUUCAAUUUUACUAAGAAAAGGAUGACCAAAAAGAAAGAUGGAAAAAUUAAGGCAAAAAGUGAUUCAAACGCUUCUGCUCCCGGACGUUUCGUUCGUGCGCCACCCCCGGAGGAAGGCGAUGUCACAGGCGCAAAACAUCUUAAACGGAAACCGGCCGAAUCAGUUGAGCAACUCCACCAAAACUCGGAAGCAGCUAAGCCGAAGAAUCGAAAACGAAAAAAUAAAAGUGAUCCAGCAUCGAAGGAAAGUGCCGAAGGUAAACCGAAAUUAGCGCCUGCUACGAAACCCGCAAACUUUCGUGAGAAGUUGGUGGACAGCCUGAAGGGCUCGCGAUUUCGGUUCAUUAACGAACAGCUUUACCGAACCACCGGAACCGAGGCCAAGCGAUUAUUCCAGGAGGAUCCCAGCGCAUUCCAAGCGUACCACGAAGGAUACCGACAUCAGAUUGUCCAGUGGUCGGUCAACCCACUGGAUCGGAUCAUCAAAAGUUUUAGUAAAUUACCUGCUGAUUACGUUGUUGCGGAUUUCGGAUGCGGCGAAGGAAGAUUAGCGGAAGCCAUCGAGCAGAAAGUCUACUCCCUGGACUUGGUUGCCGCAAAUAGUAGUGUUAUCGCCUGCGAUAUGGCACACACCCCUCUGGAAACCAAUUCCAUCAAUGUGGCCGUAUUUUGCCUUUCGCUGAUGGGAACUAAUCUGCGCGAUUUCCUUCUGGAAGCUAAUCGAGUGCUUAAAGUUGGUGGUUUGCUGAAAAUUGCCGAAGUUGUGUCUCGUUUCGACAACGUUAAAGAGUUCGUUGAUUGUGUUCACAAAUGUGGAUUCCUUUUGGACAACAAGGACUUGAAUCAUAAGCUUUUCUACUUUUUCAACUUCAAAAAGGUGAGGUCAGUUGAUAAAACGUCCCUCAAAGGUAAGCAUUACAGUUUGAAGCCGUGCCUUUACAAGAAACGAUGAUGAACAAGGUUGUUGAAUAUAUGCAAAUUGAACUGUU